CGCCCCUUCGUUCAAGGCAGCUUAUCAAGCAUGGCGAGAAAGCUUUUCCAUGUAUCCAUGGCCACUAGUCUUACGGGUUAAAAGGUGUUGGAGCAAGAUUAGGGCAUGGUUGGCAGUAAACUUUCCAGAGGCUUCGCCAACUCUGCGCAAAGGCGCGUCAGAAGAGGAGAUUGAGGAUUUUGAGAAAACUUUGAAGGUAAAACUGCCGCUUCCUACGAGGGUACUCUACCGAUUCUGUGAUGGUCAAGUGCUGCCGGAUGAAGGUUUCAGUGGAGGCAUGCCGUCAAGUUUGUUGGGUAUAAUUGGUGGCUACACUCUAUACGAUCACUUGGUGAAUGUGUUCUUGUUACCCUUGAGCCAAAUUGUAGUCGACACGAAGAGUAUUAUGCAUCAAAUCGGGUUGAGCAGUAGAUCCAACUAUGUAGUAGUGGCAGCUUCUGCUACUUAUAGUGAAAAGGUUUUCUUUUUGAACUGUGGCAGUGGCCAGCUUUUCGUUGGCACGAGGAAUCUUGUGACAGAUGGAGAGAUGCUGCCCUGUGUGCCCGACACAUUGAUCAGUUCAGUGCAUGAUCGAUUGGGAAGUGAACAGCAGGAUGCCAUGCUGUUGUGGCUUGAAGAACAUGGCCGUAGAUUGCAAGAAGGCCUUAUUAAAGUUCGCCAACAAGGGAAAAUGCGAAGCAUCAAUUUGUUCCCGGAGGAGCCACCCUUAUGCACGUCUGCCAUAACAAAUGGUGUUAAGGUUCGUGCUUCUGCUGUGUUUCUGCCCGAGUUCAGCAACCUUCAAGAUGAAUCGGAGAAGUUUUUGUUUGCUUAUUCGAUUCGCAUGUCUCUUUCACCUGAUGGCUGUGUCAUCAAUGGGCUAACCUUCAGCUCUUGUCAAUUGUAUUGGAGGCAGUGGAUUAUACGUGCCAAUGAUGCUAUCGUUUCUGACGUAAAUGGGGAAGCUGUGAUUGGACAGUUUCCACUACUUCGUCCUGGUGAGGCGGAGUUUGUUUAUGAGAGCUGUACGUCUCUACCUGCUUCCAAAGGAUCGGUUGAAGGCUCUUUUACUUUUGUUCCUGGAAGGUUAGUUGAUGCAAAAGGUAGCCCCUUCGCUGUCGAAGUAGCUCGAUUUCCCCUUGCGCUGCCGGACUACAUCUUCUGAUAAACAUCGUGCCCUGCUAGGUGAGUUAGAACUUACUUGCAAGGUUCUAAUGGUGAUGCAAAUUGAAACUUUGUUAUGUUAUAUGAUAUCCUCAGCAUUCUUUCAUUAGUGUGUUUUAUUCCUUUCUAUUUGUAAAGAAUGUGUAGUUUCCUAUAUGAUAUGAUGCUCUCUGCUUGUUUGUUGGUUGGAAUAAUGGUGUAAUUGCUUUGUACUACUAUAGAAGAUGAGAAAUAAUUUGGGAAUGAAUUCUUUUGGCAAAA